AUGAUUCAGAGGGCGCUGUUGCUGCGCAUUGCUCAGCGCUUCGUAGCACCACCGAUUGAGGGUGCGCUAAACAGAGGGCCCCGUGCAUACUCCCCGUCUGAAUCAAGAGACGUCAUGGAAAAAGGAAAGAAGGUGGAAGAGAAAGAAGAGAAAGAAAAGAUGGAGCAUGAAACGAAGCGGGCCCUGGAAGAGACGAGGGGCGAGCAAGCAGAGAUAGACCAGAAGGCUGAGAGAUGGGUCCAGCAGGGAAAGCGGAAAGCGGAAGACAGGGAACGGAACGAACAAACGGAACAAAUAGACAGUCAGAAGGAAAUGGGGGGGAACCAAUCGGAGCCUUUGAAAGCCGAGGAUGAGCAGAGCAAAGCGAAGUUAGAGCAGGCGGUGCGUCGCGCGAGCGACCCGAACCUCACGGAUGAUCUCGUAACUGAGAUGCCGAUUGGCUACAACGCUGAGUUCGAACUAGAUGCGGGGGUGCCCCUCGUGAGCGCAGACGAGAUCCGCGAGUCGUCGCCGGUCCCCGAGCACGUGGUCACCGCCGUGCUGUGUCCGCACGGGUACGCCGACCCGGAAGACUGCCCCAUCUGCAGAGAGGAGAUCAAGGAGGAGUUGCGGGAAGUAUUGCAACACCUGUGA